AUGCCCAACACUUAUAGAACAACGGACGAAAUAACCGCUCAACGAUUGGACGAUGGAAGUAAUACCCGACUCAGUCUUCACAAAAUGGGAUUAUUCGCAUCGGGAGCAUUUUCGAAUGUCUACCGAGGAUUCGCUGUCACUCCAUCGAACCAUCAAAUGGAGAUUGUGAUCAAAAAGACUUGGCCAAGAAACAGUUCAGCUCCGAUGGAAGUGAAGAUUCUGGCUAUUUUGGGAAAGCUGAAGCACAAAAACAUCGUUCGACUGUUGUACAGUUAUCAGAAACAGAUUGAAGGUCGUAACCUUUUGGGACUGAUUUUUGAAUGCGUCCCAUCAAAUCUUCAUCAAUUCUUGAAAGACAACAAUCGAAGGAUCGACAUCGUUGAAGUGAAACUGAUCACGUGGCAACUAUUCCGUGGUCAGGCACAUCUUCAAAAAAAUGAUGUUUGCCAUCGAGACAUCAAGCCUCAGAAUCUUCUAUACGACUCGGCAACUGGCCUUCUAAAGAUUUCGGACUAUGGAUCUUCUGCAAUCCAAGCAUCCAGAUCUACUCAACAGAGCUACCACGUCACAAGAUACUAUAGACCACCCGAACAUUUGGCAUGUGGAUGUGUGUUCGGAGAACUCCUGAAAGGCGGUAUUUUUUUGGCAGGAAAGUCAGCUAUCAAUCAGGCAGAAGUCAUUUUUGAUGCUCUGGGUAUUCCAACAAAAGAUGAAUUGAGCAUGAUGAGAGUUAGCAGCACAAAAUACAGAGAGAUUGUUCAAAUGUAUGAACCUGAUCCCCUGAGAAAAACUACGGAUUUCAACUGGCUCUACGAACAGAAUUCAUCGAAUCAAAGAGAAAGACGGACUACUGUAUUCAAUGAUAAAAUUGAUUCAUCUGACAUGAAACAGGCCACCGAACUUCUUCGUCUCAUACUGGUGUACAACCCAAAGCAACGAUUGGCAGGACUAGAUUUGCUCACCAAUCCAUAUUUUUCUGAUCUGUUCAAAAGUAGCACUCUCCGCAAUAAUCGCCAAGUGAUUGGCUGUUUGACAAAGAAUGAUUUGAGAGAAGUGGAAAAAGGAGAUACGUCACAGACACACGAAACAACUGAAUGA